ACUUUGGAAAGCCUCUCCUCUGCGUUGUGUAUGUUCAACAGGUAGAAUCAUGUUCCCUACAGCACUACCUCCCUUCUCUUCCCUUCUCCGAGUCAGGCUGUGAGAGAAACAACCCCUGGUAAUCAUUGCAGGUUCCAUCCACUUCAAACAUGUUUCGUGUGUGGAUCACACUCUGUCUCCUCUUGCCAGGGGUAAGCAGCUUCAUGAUCUACAACACCCUCCACAGCAUGUGCUUGGAGGACUUCCCCAAGACGGGCCUGGUUCAGCUGAAGAAAUGCAACCUGGACUCGGAGCUCCAGCAGUGGAUCUGGAGGGACCAGAGUCUCCUGGAGAGUGUGGGGACCUCCAGGUGCCUGUCGGCCCAACACGCUGAACCUGUCCAGACUGUACCCUGUGAGGGGGUAGAGGACGGGGGACACAGGGGUGAUGGGGUGCUGCGGUGGGGGUGUGAGUUGAACAGGCUGAUCAGUCAGAACAGUUCUCUGGAGCUCUCCACGGACGGGAAACGACUGACGCUGUCCCACAGGAGCAAGCAGACCAAGUGGAGGUCUCUGGAUGAAGGGGAUAUAUGCCAGGAGAGGCUCAGAUCCAAAAGGGCAUCGAGCGAUCCCGAUGAGUUUGAGGUGAGACCAGCGGAAGAGCAGAAAGCAGGGCCUCCUGGUAUGACCGAUGAACAGAAAGAGUUCCUCAGAUGGUUCUAUCGCACUGAGGACCCAACUCCCUGGAAGUUUGCAAUGCUGGCUCUGUCCUUCGCUGCCCUUCUGCUGGGCUGUCUGCUUCUGGGAAUGGGCUCCAUGGCGAACAAAAAUAGGAAUAAGAUAGCCAAGUACAAGGCUGCAGCUCUGGCCAUGAAGCCGGAGGCAGAAGAACUACAGGUCAUCGUCACGGAGGUUAGAGGUCAAAGAGCUAACUCAGAGGUCAAACCCGUCAACAGCGCCUCUGUCCAGGUCAGUAUGAGCCAAUCAGAGAGCCCGGUGAGCCAGGCCAAGCCCCUCCAGGACAACGGGGAGGUAGAGGGCUUCAAACCGGGGGACAUUGUGGUGACCUGGAAUGACGGGAACGUGUCCAGCCUAUACCCCGAGCCUGAGGGGGAAGUGGAGGAGUUGGCAGAGGUAGAGAAAGAGGAGGUAGAUGAGGUGGUGGUGGAGGAGGGCCAGUGAUGAAGGGAUGAAAGAGCGAGAGAUAACAGCCAAGUUUCUCAGUACUGCUCCUCUGCAGAGACAGAACAGAAACAUUACAUUUGACAUUUUAGUCAUUUAGCAGACGCUCUUAUCCAGAGCGACUUACAGUUAGUGAGUGCAUACAUUUUCAUACUGGCCCCCCGUGGGAAACGAACCCACAACCCUGGCGUUGCAAGCACCAUGCUCUACCAACUGAGCUACAGGGGACCCUGUAACUCCCAUUUACUUAGGCAUAACUGUCAUUUUAAGUUUUUAUUAGAUUUUUACCUGUAACUUAAACAACCACUGUCUGUUUAAUUACUGUAAUGCCCUUUUUAUACUACUUUGCUGAGCCGGACCUUACUGUGCUGGCUCAGAUAUUUUCUUGGUGGAUGCGUAACCAGGCCAGCGCAGUACAGCUUGACUUGGCUCAGUAGUGUGAAAAGGGUAUAUAACUACUACAAAUAAUGCUGUGUACAAGAUGUGUAGUAUCACAUUCAUCAUUAACAAGUACUUUGUUGGUUGCAGUUUCAGCAAUUUUUGGAAUAUACGUCUACUGUAAACAUUGCUGGCCGGCGAAACAUCGCAACAAACUAUUUGGGAUACCAAAUAUUUUGUAAAUGUUGUUUUUUGGUCAUGAAGAAGUGCAAAGUGUUGUUUAUAGUGUAGUGAAAAGUUUUCGUAUGCCAUGUGACAGUAUGCAGCGACACUUAUAAACCAUGUGUCAUAAGCUAUUCAAGAGUAGUCUAUUGGGAAACACUGAUAAAGGCAACUAAACAUGGUCUGAGAUAACAUAUGUUCAGUCACAAGUGCAUUAAGAUUGGAAGAUCAAACUUCUCUUUAUACAUCUCUUUUGUAAUUCUAUUUGUAAAGUAUUUUUAGUUCUAUGUUGGACACCAGGAAAAUUAGCCGACGUCAUGGCGUCAGCAAAUGGGGAUCCUAGUAUAAUCCAAACUCUAAUUAUCUUGCUGUGAGUAUAGUGUAAAUGUAAAUGUAAUGUAAAAUGUGGAAAGCUCUUGUGAGAGAGUAUGUUUUGGACAGAAAACAUAAUUCAGUGGGUUAACCUUUGUAAGAUACAUUUUCAUUGUGUUAUAAAAGCAUUCCACCCAUUUCAGUAUUUACAAUAAGGAAAUAAAACUAUUCAUACCAAAAUA